AUGUGUGACGGCGAAAAAAAGCCAAAAACACGCACACACACACUCUACUCCAAAAACCCUUUUGCUUCAUUGCCUUGCCUCAACGAAGAUUUAUCAGGUAUUCAGCCGCAUUGCAGAUCUAGGGUUUUAUUAGGGUUUCUGUUUCGAUGGCAACGCCGUUUCACUUUCCUGUCACCGCUGCUCAGGUUGGGCAUUUCUUCGUCGGACAUUACUACCAGAGUUACCGGGACUUCAAUGCUGGAAAUCCAUUCUAUUGUCAUGUCCCUCAACUACACAGGAGUUGAAAUCAAAACAUUACACUCCCUUGAAUCUUGGGACAAGGGUGUCCUUGUAUUGGCAUCAGGUUCAGUGCAUCAAAAAGAUUUCAAUAGCAGGACAUUUGUUCAGACAUUUUUCCUUGCACCUCAAGAGAAAGGCUUUUUUGUACUCAACGAUAUCUUUCACUACAUUGAUGAUCAUCAACCAAUUCAUCAUCAUCACCCUGUUGCCUAUUUGUCUCAAAACAAUCUUCUUUCCAAAUUGAAUGCCUCAACUGCUCUUCAAGAACAAGCAUCAAGCUACAUGGGAGUUGGUGAUAUCCAGGGUAGGGAUUUUGUAACACCUACUACCACAGUUGUAGAAAAUGGUUCUGUGAACAAUUACAGUUUCCAAAAGCAACAAUUGCAAGCUCCUGAAGUUGAAAACAGUCUUGAAGACAACUAUCCUGUGAAGUCAAAUGGUUCAGUGAAUGCACUACAAGACCGUUUGACUUCAGUUGAGGAACCUGUAGGAGAGCCUCAAAAGCAUACUUAUGCUUCCAUUUUGCAAGUAGCAAAAGGGCAAUCUGCACCACCAUCAGCACCAAGAGAGCAACCUGUCACAAAAAGUCCAACGCCUUUUGAGUUGAACCAUGUGGAGCCCACUUCACAAAGAUCUGGGGUUGAAGGUGUGGAGGAUUCAUCUGGUGUAGAAGAUGAAGUAGUUGAGUUGAAGUCUGUUUAUGUGAAAAACGUGCCAAUCAAUGCAAUUGCUUCUGAUAUUGAAGAGGAGUUUAAGAAAUUUGGUAAGAUCAGGCAAGAUGGUGUUGCCAUAAGAACAAGAAAGGAUAUUGAUGUGUGCUAUGCAUUUGUUGAGUUUGAAGACAUGUCUGGUGUUCACAAUGCGAUCAAGGCAUCUACUGUUGAGAUUUCUGGACAGCAGGUUUUCAUUGAAGGAAGACGAGCAAAUCGAAGCAACAAUGCAUAUCGAGGUGGAAGAGGAAGAGGAAGAGGCAGGACUGGAUACCAAAUGGACGGUAGAGGACAUUUUGGAGGCCGAAACUAUGCGAGAAUGAACGGUCAAGAUCCAAGAAGCAAUGGCUACUACCGCCACACUUAUUCAAGAAACGGUCACAGCCCUUCCGAUUGAAGGACUGAAAAGACCAUUAUACCCUUUGGAAUUCUUUUGGGUUUAUGUUUCUUUUUUCUUCUCUGAGUUCAGUUAUAGCAUAUUAUAGUUAUGGAAGUAAGCAAAAGCCCAAAAAAAAAACAUUAUUUAAAAAAUGAGGUCUUUUUGGUUAGUCUGUGCUGGGGUGUAUAUGCAUCGUGUUGGGGUGCCCCUAGUUACAUUUUUGACCUUCUACAGAAAUAGUCUUCUAAAAAUCAAAUCAUCAUAUGCUUUUUAUGUAGCUUUGGGUCUUUUACAACUUUG